AUGUCAACCUAUCUUCUUCAGAAGACAAAAAAUAAGUCACCUUGGAGAAAUGCUCUACCGAGAAAAGGGAAAACAUUGUUGUCUCAAGCGACUCUUCCAAUUCCAGUCCCUACUUCAACUUUUACCUCCCAAUCGUUUGCGACAUAUGAUCUCUCAUUCCCUUUUCCUUAUUCUAGAGGAAAUCCCAGGCGACUACAAGUUCAUCAACAGUCGUGCGUCCCUCAAGCUGCCCAAACACAUGAAGAACCACCUACUGAGGGUUCUGUUGAUGGAUGUGUUGACAGAGAGAAGCACACUCAAACUGAGAAGGAGCUGAGCAUGAAGCUUAUAUGCUACUAA